UGGGGAUAGGAAAAAACGAAUCAGGUACGCACAAAUCCAAUCCAAUCUCAUCUCAUCUCAUCUCAUUCUCAUCACAUCACUCUUCUUCCUCUUGCUUUCCCCGCCAAAUUCUUCUUCACUCACUCACUUCUCUUAUUUUCUUCGCAUUUGGGGUUUUCUUCGAUUUUCCAUUUCUCCACUGGUGUUCAAAUAAAUACUCAUGUAGGUGCAGUACAAUGUGUUGAUUGUGCAGGGAGGCGUUUUAUCAAUGGCGGAAUGUGUGAUUUCCCCAUUCUGUGUUAAGCUGCAUAUGCAGAGAUGGCCUUUUACCGAAAGAGCCUUUUCGCAUCAGACUACAAAUUUCAAGACUGUUCGAAGAAAGUAUUCCCGAAAUGGAUGUGAAUUUUUUCACUUCUUUACACAGAAAACAUUUGAGCCGAGUGUAUUUGGAGCUAUAGAUUUACAAAUUACUCGCCGUCUUCGGAUAUUCCCUUUAAAUUGCAAUGGCAUAGGAGCUUUGGUUGACCUUGAUGGUGCAACAACCUCUAAUUUGGUGCCAGUUGUUAAUCAGGUUCUUUUGUUGGGCAGUAUAUUGCUCACUUAUAUGGCCGGAGUAAUUCCUGUUAACAAAUCUUAUAUCCGUGAUCAAAAGAUCAAUUCUGUUAAAGAUGCGUUUCGUGAGAGCCCAGACAUUUCUGGUAGUGCAGUGAAGCAAAAUAAUCAAGUUGAGUCAAAGUAUGUAUUAGAUGUGGUGAGAGAAAAACUUUUGAAUUCACUAAAUGCAUUAGAGAAAGAGGCUUAUGCGGGGGAAACUAUCCUUCAAUCUGCAAAAAGACCCUUGAGUUUAAACGCUGUUGCCGAGGGUCCAAAGUUAAGGUUACUUUGGGCUGCUUUUCUGCAAGUUGAGGAAGAGGUUAAUACCAUCGCAACCGUUUCCGGAUCUGUUGGUAUGGAUGAUCUAUUCAUAGUUUUUUCUGAAGUUAUUCAAAGAUCAUGUCAUUCAAUUUGUGCUACAUGGCUGGAAAAGGAAUUAUUCCUUCUAAAAGGCAACACUGACAAGGAUUUUGUGUCUAUGAUACUUGAAAAAGUGAAAGGUGAUAAUGCUAUUGUACAGAACAUAAUAAGGUCUGGCAAGAAAGAUCUGUAUUCAGAAUUACUCUGGUAUCUUACUUUCGGUAUGCUCAGGGAUGACUGCUGUUAUGAUUCCUGUAUAUUUGAUACACAUGGUGUUUCCAUAUUGGAAGAUUUAGUGAUAGUUCUGGCAGACGGGGUUGCAAGCGUCUAUCUGGAGUUUAUUUCUGUUGAUAGUGACGUGUCAAGUAAGACAAAUAGCUUGGACAUGUCAUUCUGUGCUAUGUCCACCAGAGAACUCCAAAAGUUACGUAAUGAGGUUGCUUUGAACCAGUGGCUACAACACAACAUGGACACAGUUGUGUCAAUGUAUGAGGAUCGCUUUGACUUGUGUAUAUUUGAGAAACAAUCCAUUGAUAUACCAGACAUCAGUCAGACUGAAAAACAAUCUUGGUGGAGGAAUCUUACCCAGCAACAUUCAAAAACCAUGUCACAUGAGUUACAUUGUAUUGCAAUAAGCCAUUUCUCAAUGCCUGUAAAGCGGACCAAGGAAUUAAGAUCCCUGACGGGAUGGCGAUAUUACUUCAGCCUUCUCCUUGAGUUGUCCGACAUCACAAUGCCGAUUGUUAGAACAGUAAUUAAUAAAGCAAGUGAAGCUAUCUCAUUCUUUUUGGUUAGCUUGAUUGGCAGGUCUUUAGGACUCAUUUAUACCGGCAUUAGGCAGUCCCUCAAAUGGAAGUGAGCUUAGUAUAGUUUUGUGCAGUGCAGUUAUUUCCCUCCUCAUUUCUGUUUCCUUUUGCUUCAUAUAUAUAUAUGGUGGCAAUUUAUGUUACAAUUGUAGUUUAGAUUAAAUCAAAUUGGAAAUAUAGCAUUGCUUUCAGUUGGUCGUGUGAGGCUUUUUGCUUGUCAUAUUGAGAUCAAGCCAAUUUUAGCAUUGAAAUGUGCAUUUUGGAUUACUGGAUUUGGAUUCAUUCAACAAUCAAGUAACAUUGCAAAGAGGAAUAUUUGCAACAUGUAUAAAUUUUUCUCCCUUUUGAAUACAACUUUUUUUAAUGUGUA